UUGUUUACGGCUGAGAGGGCCAACUAUCUAGUAAUAUCAAACUGAAUAUCAAAACCUCUAACACACAACAAACGCUUGAUAAACAAAAACGAUUCGUAUCAAUCCGAGGAGCGCUCUAAUCAAACCUACUCGUAUAUGUAAAAUGUGUAGUUAGAUAAUCACGAUGAAUACAGUCGAUCGAGAACAAAGCAACGAUGACAAUGUGGUGGUGGCGCAUAAGCAGAAGCGUUUUAAUUACGUUGUGGUUGACCCUCUUUGCGGGAACCGCUCCAGCAGCGCUGGGGGGAAACGUGUUGGCUGUGUACCCGCACUUUGGUUUCAGCCACUUUAAGGUGGUUAUGCCGAUGCUCACUGAACUGGCGAGGCGUGGCCAUCAACUCACUGUUAUCUCGUACGUGAAGCAUCCCCAGGCAUCGGAGUGGGCCAACUACGAGCAGCUGUUGAUCUCCCAGCCCGAGGAGGAUCAGUCGAGCACCACCAUCAACGUGGUGUCAUUGUCGAAACAAACACCCUCGCGAUCAUUGGUAACUCUUUUCGGAGAAUACUUUGACCUACAUUCGGAGGGCCAGAAGACCUGUGAGCGCCUCUACGCCAGCGGCCAUGUGGAGACGGUCUUCAAGCGCCACCAGACGAAGCCCUACGAUCUGCUGCUCACGGAGUACUUUAAUUCCGAUUGCCAGCUGGCCCUGGCGAAGCUCAUGAAUCUGCCAAUCAUUGGCUUGAGCACGUGUGCGCUGAUGCCGUACUACUACGAUCGCAUCGAUCUGCCGGACACGCCCUCGUUCAUCCAGUCGGAGUUUGUGGGCUUUGCCGGUGCCCUCACCUGGGACGAGCGUCUGGUGAACUUCAUCCAAGCGAAGGUGCUGAAGCUCCUCUACAGAUAUCACUCGAAUCGGGCGGACAACGCCCUAGUCAGGAAGCAUCUUGGCAUCGAUGUGGAUGUGGAUGAAGUGGCGCGCACUCAGACCGCGUUUAUUUUUGGCAACCAGCACUACUCCCUGAUGGGCAGUCGUCCGCAGUCCCUUCAAUUCGUGGAGGUGGGCGGUGUACAUCUUACCAGCCAAGCGGAGCAGGAGCUGCCCCCAGACAUUGCUCAGUUCGUCGAUCAGUCAGAGGUCCCCAUAAUCUUCUUCAGUUGGGGCUCCAUGGUGCGCAUCUCCAGCAUCGAUGUGGAUAAACUUGCGGCCAUUGUGGAGGUCCUGGAGCGGCAGCCCUUGCGUGUGAUCUGGAAAUGGGAGACGGAUGAAAAACCCCAGUUGGACUCCACCAAAUUCCUGUUUGUGAAGUGGGCGCCACAGCUGGCACUACUUUGCCACCCCAAAGUGGAACUAUUCUGGGCUCAUGGCGGUCUUCUGGGGACUACGGAAUCGGUACAUUGCGGAAAGCCCAUGCUGGUAACACCCAUCUAUGGCGAUCAGUUCCUGAAUGCCUUUUCCGUGCAGAAUCGCGGAAUGGGAUUGAAAUUGGACUAUCAAGACAUUAGUGUGGAGAGCUUAGCUCAAGCACUCGACAAACUGAGUAACAAGAACUAUGCCACACGAUCCAUUGGCAUUUCCAAGAUCUUCAAUCAGCGGAAAAACAGUCCCCUGGAUACAGCCGUCUGGUGUGUGGAGCAUGUUAUCCAGCAUGGUUUGCUGGCUGCAGAACUGCUCCAGUCCCCAGGCAUAGAACUCAAAUGGUUCAUUUACCACUCGCUGGAUAGUGUAUGCCUGAUCCUCGUGGCGCUGAUGGCCCUGGCCUACAGUCUGCACCACUUUUCUGGUGGUAGGCCAUCAACGUCUUUCAAUAGCAAUCGACGCAGGAAGUCGAAGCGAUCUUAAAGCAAACCAUGACAUUCGUUAUAGCAAUAAAUAUAUAAUUAAACAGAAACGU